AUGAUAGAUGCUGGAAAGCUACAAGAGUACGUGAAAAAGGAUUUCGGGAAAGGUCCUGAAAAGUUUGGCACAUCACAUGUGAUUAACGUCAGUCACGCCAGGAUCCAUUCGAUGACCAGGCGGACAUCGGAAAAUGAGACCAGGAGAAAGCUCAGGCAGUUAAAAGAAUGGUACUUGACUAAUCAUAUUGAUUUUGUCAGUGGAAAUGGAGUAGAAAUUAGGGAGCUUGGAUGCACAAAGAUCGAUUUCUCUGAAGCAGACAUGAUAGGUGUAUAUGCUCUUCACAAUGAUGCUAUCGUUAUAACUGCUUGGAUUGGAGCCUAUUCCUCUAUGAAUCUCCCAUACGACUUGAUCGAAGAGGAUGGAAAUCCAAUUAUCGGUUUCAGUGGCGAAGUUACAAAGGCGAUUGCAAAAGUGAAGAUACCUAUAACAGUGGCUGACAAGUCCUUUUUAGCCAAUUUCUUGUUGCUUGACUGUAGAUCUCCCUACAAUGUGAUUGUAGGACGAGAAUGGAUGCAUGAGAUCGGUGCAGUCACAUCCUCAUAUCAUCAAUGUCUGAAGUUUAUUACCCUUGAAGGAGUCGUGAAAGUUAGAAGCGACCAGAUGGCCUCCCACAAGUGUCACGAGAGUGUUAUGGAUGAGUACAAGAAGUCAGAAGUUAGCGGGAACCAAAUCCUACGAGUUGAACAGAAAUAA